CAGGGCUCAUCUUUAUUAAUCAGAAGAUGAAUUGGAGAGACGCUCAGAGUUACUGCAGACAGAAUCACAUUGAUCUGGUCAGUGUGAGAAACCAGGAUGAGAAUGAGAAUGUUAAGAAGAUGAUUAGUGAUAAUAAUAAAUCUGAAUCAUUUGUCUGGAUCGGUCUCUUCAGAGUCAGAGACUCAUGGCAGUGGUCAGAUCAGAGUAACUCCUCAUUCAGAUACUGGAUGUCUGGUCAACCUGAUAAAUAUGGACGUGGUGAAGACUGUACAGCUGUUGAACAGAACGCUCAGGGACGAUGGCAUGAUGUCUCUUGCAACAAACACUAUCAUUUUGUGUGUCAUGAAGAUAAACUGAUUGUGAUCAGAGAGAAUCUGACGUGGUCUGAAGCUCUGAGAUACUGCAGACAGAAUCAUGUGGAUCUGGUCUCGGUUCAUUCAGAAGAGAUUCAGCGUCGUGUGAUGAACGUGGUUAAACUGGCGUCUACUGCGGAGGUGUGGUUGGGUUUACGUUACUCUCACAUUUUGGGCGUCUGGUUCUGGGUGAGUGGAGAGACCGUGUGCUAUCAGAACUGGGCUCCAGGGAACGGUACAUCAGAGGAGGACUGUGAACACACAGUGAGAUCUGGAGCAGUUCAGUCUGGAGGAGAUCAGCGCUGGAUCAGCCGUCCUGAAACAGACAAACUCAACUUCAUCUGCAGCAGAUAUUAAGAGUGAAAGGAUACACAGACCUUUCAUUUAAGAAAACAAGUGCUUGUAUGUUCACUUCCUUUAACUUCAUUUUCAUUCGUCACUUUGUAAAGUAAU